ACAGACUCAAAUCUUUGAGUUUAGCAAUCUGGGACGAUUACCGGAGAAAGCAGACUCCUUUAGCCUAAGGGGGAGUUGUCUGACAUUAAUCCGACGGGAUGAAGUUUUCAACCGCCAUAGCACUGUGGGUUUUGCUGCCUGGGUUGUCUGGCAUCCACUCCCUUAAAACUAAGUGUGCCGACGAGCCAUGUGAAAAUGGUGCAGCGUGUGCCGACUCCCAAUCAGACAACACGUACUACUGUUUCUGCCCAGCUGAGUUCACUGGUCGCAAUUGUGAGACACGCAUUGAAGAGAUGAACAACCCCUGCGAUCCAAACCCUUGCCCUGAUUCGCAGACAUGUUUUCGAUCGUCGGGCACCAAUUCAAACGCCUACAUUUGUUACUAACUAUAGGCCUACACGUCAGUUGCCGUCUUUGUAAUAUCUCACAGACUAACGCGAUUUGCACCUCAAAGCACUCUCCCAACACUUCAAAUCCAGAUCUAAAGACGAUCCAAUGGGUGGUGUGGAAAGCACCCCGAUGACCAAUGCUAAUAUUUACAUAAUGGAAAACAAUUCCCCAUUUUCUAGAAGGUAAUGUAUAAUUUUUUCUAAUAUUAAAAACGAAACGAGUCCACCAGAUUAUUAUGAAAUAUUUCCACUUGACUGUAUGUAAAUAAUAGUCUCAAGCAUCCUGUCAAAUCGUUGAGUCUGGUAUGCUGUCAUUUUCAAGAAAAGUGGAAUGUUGUAUCACUUUCCAAUGAUGGUUCAGCCAAACCAUCAUCGGAGAAAAAAAAAUCAGUUUUGUUUCAUAUACUGCCCCCAAUUGACCGAAUCUAGU